AUGGCACGCAACUGGAUAUUCAAGAAAGGUUGGGCAUUGACAAGCAAGAAAUUCUGGGCACUUGACAUCAAGUUAUUGAUCCCAACAAGGAGUGCAUUUUCUACUCACCUCUCCCAGUUCAGCUUCAACUUUUACUCGAUGUUCGUGCCAGACCUUAUGCAUGAAUUUGAGCUCGGUGUAUGGAAGGCAAUCUUCAUUCAUUUGCUGCGUAUUCUAUAUGCUGCCAGUGGUGAUAAGAUCCAGGAGUUUAAUAAAAGGUGA